UGCUAAGUUUUCCAUCACCGACUCCGAGGGGGAGACAUUGGACACUCCGGUCAAGCAUAUCCGCGAAUCCGUGCGCGGACUUCUGGGACGUCGGAUCACUCGCCCUGACUUCGUCCUUUCCGUCGACUGAAGCGCUGACGGGGCGCGGAACUUGGACAGUUUCGACGAGGCUUCCGAACCAUGGUGGCCGGAUCCGAUGGAGGCGACGAUGCGGUCAUGACCGGCACCGGGGGCCGGGCGCUGGUUCUCGAGGCCAUGCCGCCCGAGAUCAUCACAACGAUAUUGGAAUUUCUGGUCCCGCAGCCGCCGGAGAUCGGCGAGACACGCCCUGUCGCAUACUCUCAGCUCAUGGCCGACGAACCGUGGUUCGACUUCACAAGAUGCCGUCGCGGCCUUCACAGCGUCUGCCGCGUCUCCCGUCUCCUGUCCGAGAUGGCCCGCCCACUGUUGUAUCGGGUCAUUGCCAUCUUGGACGAGACGGCACUGGUACUCCUCCUCCGCACUCUCUACAACAAGCCUGAAUACGGGCUUUGGACACGCUACGUAUCCUGCCACUUUACCCUAUCGCGCGAGAAAGUCAUCCGAGACACCCGUCAACUACUCGUCAACUACCUGUCGACGUUUAUACCGGCCCCCGUGGAAGGAAUCACGACCGCCGUGACCCGCGACUUUCUGCAGUUGCUUCGCGGUUAUCUCCCACAUAUGUUGGUUAGCGAAGGCGAUCUUGACCAUGUGCCACAAGCAUUGCUGUGUUUUAUCCUCAUGCAUCUUACCAAGCUUGAGGUCUGGCUGUUGCAGGUACCCAUCAGCGACGACCACGAGGAAUACGACGUGCUUUGUUCCCAGAUUAAUGAGAUAGCGCCUCUCUUCGAAUCGGACCCUACUGCCGGCCCAUUCCAGCACGUUCAUACCCUUCUCCUGCAGGGUGACCCGGAACUCUUAGAUCACUUCGAAAGUGCCGAUGAGGAGUGCGACUGCGAAGUUCCGGAGGUCUACGGCGCCCAGCCGCGGCGGUACGCCCCGCUUUUUGCCUCCUUGCCAAAGCUCACCACGCUCGAGGUCAGCGGCGACGACGGGGUGUGGGCGCCUGUUGACGACGAACUUCGCGCCAUUCUCCAGUCCAUGGGCCCACUGCCACCCUUCCUGCCCAACCUCCGUCACAUCUACCUCCACGACAGCUUCGCGUUCCCAGGGGACCUGCACUACCUUCUGCAGAAUGCGCCUCGGCUCGAGACGCUGUACAUGACCCCACGCCGCGACGGCGCCGACAUUCGCUUGCCGAUGCUGGAAGACCACACGUACACCGAAGCCCUCGACGUCGCCCUCGCGCAGCACGCCAAGCACCUGCGCAACCUCGACGUCAGCUGGGAGGACCUCACAAACUUCGAGUCUCUCGUCGGGCCCGACGGCCGCCUCAGCGCGCUCGCGAACAUGACGGAGCUCCGCUCGCUCUGCAUCCAGAUGGCAUUGCUGUACGGCAGUCCCGCCGCAGUGCUGGAGACGCCCCUUGUCGAGCUGCUGCCGCCCAACAUCGUUGAGCUCGCUCUCGAGGACUGGUGGUGGCACAGUGCGGAGCUGCUCGACGAGUUGCCCCAUUGGGAUGCCCAAGACAAGGUCAAGCACUACCAGUCACAGCACCUCUACCGCCAGAGCGCGCUGCGCACCCUAACGCAGUUCGCGCGAGACGUUCGCACGCGCCUGCAUAACCUGAAGAAGGUGGUGCUGCUGUGCAAGAUACCCUGGACUUGGGUUCUGGAAGGGGGUGUGCCGAUAGAGUUUCACUUCGAGAAUGUUAAAAGCUUGUUUUUGGCGCAAGGGGUGGAGUUCUCCGUCAAGUCUGAUGAGUUCUAAGGGGUCAACAUGGGGGAAGACGUGCCAUCACUCUGGCGUCUGAUCACGAUACAAGUAGAAACACUUUCAGCGAGCUUCCGAUGGUUUGGGGUAGUAUAUGUAUACAUUUUAAAUAGCAGUACUUGAGGAAUUAAGCAAACGAUCGAGAACCGCUG